CCUAGCGUUAAAGUCGUUUGCCUGAAUUAAGGCCAAAAAAUCAUUUUAGACAUUGUGACUGAAAAAAACUUUCUAUAUAAUAAUUAAAAACAUGAAAGUCGAAAUUACGGCACUAGCGUUCGUGCUUCUACAUCGUUUUGCAUUCGCAGAUGUCGACUAUAUGAGUCGCUGUCCAGAAUAUAAUCCCCAAAAUGAAUUAGAUAUCGAGUUGAUAUCUGGAUUAUGGUUUGGAGCAGAACUUAUCACUCAUUAUGAAGGAAGAGGUCAAAUUCAAUCAUUUGACUCGUGCAUUAUAACACAAAUUGAGGAGAUUUUUGAGUGGGGUGAUUAUAAUUAUGAUUAUGAUUCGGAUCCUAGACGAGUAGAUUCAAAUAAGAGGGGCUUUAGAUUUAUAAAGCUUCAAAUGAAUGAAGGCGAUAAGGCUGCAGAAUAUACACUUAAGUUCAUUGGCACCAAGAGAGGUCUCUGGAUUGGAACCGAACCACCAAGAGGCAGCAUAUUAAAGAAGCAUCUCCACCAUAGUCAUUUCACCGGCACAAUUCAGGUCAUGAAAGCAGUGGCUACUCAUCUCGUACUGACUUUCUGCGAGCGAAAUGAACUUUUUACUAUUAUAUUGACCCGAACGAAAAGCAUACCAGUUGAUGACAUUGAUUCAAUUCACAAUCUGCUCCAGCGACGUGGACUAAAUGUUCAAUCUACUAGAGAACUUUGUCGAUUUUCAUCAGCUGUACGACCUACACUGCCGUUUAAAAUUCUCCUCUCGAUGAUUGUUAUGGGAAUUCUUUUGAUCAGAAAUUAAAUUUCUACAUCCGCAUUGUGACGAUUAAGAAUUUUUAGUUUUAUGUUCUUGUCUAUUUUUAAAAAUUUAUUGUACAUUGA